ACAGUAUGGAACUGGAUGAUAAUUUGAGCACAACCUCAACAUCUACAGAUAGCACAAAUUGUGAGGAAAAAAGUUCGACAGGUUCAGAACCAGUUCGACAAAAUGGCGUUCUCAGCGAUUUGCCAUCUACAAGUAUGGCUAAAAAAGGCAAAGUACAAAUCUACCAACAUCAUAACGAAAACAACAUCGAGCCUCAGAGCGUAACUUUCAGAAAUUGCUCUAAUGAAAUUGCUGCUACCAUACAGCGACUUGCUGCCAGGAAAUUCGCCACCAACGUACCAACCAACAUUAUAAAGAAAACAACAGAAAGCACAACUCUCCCUGUCAAGGAACUGCGUGCAUUGCAUGAGUUAGUUCCUUCUUUACAAACUUACGAAGUACGAAAUGAUCCUUUCCUACCCUUGUUGAAUGAAAGACAUGUAAAACGUCCGAGAGUUGCUUAUGCGGAUGGGACUGAGGAUAUCAUUCCGUCUGGUGCAAAAAAGCGUAAAUGUUAUCGCAAAUCGAUUCCUUAUCAUUUACUUCUCGCGCCUAUUAUGAACCUUGACGACCAUAUGCUCGCAUACGUUAGUGGCAAUAGUCGUAGUAAUGGUUCGGAUCAUACAGAGAAUUCGGAUCAAAAAGGGAACAAACUACAGGACCGUGAUAUCAGCUCAUUAUCUAAAAGCAAUGAUGAGAUGAAAAAAAUCACUAACCCGUUACCGACUACUAGUUCAACGAUCAACGUUCAGAACAACGAUCAAAAUAUUAAAGAAAUCAACCCAACAACAUCAGCGAAUAGUACAGCGUCACAAAUCCCACGUGACCCUCGUCUUCGUUUGCGAACCAAAAUAAAUUAUUCGGACACGAAACGUAACAAGGCACGCAAAGAUCAAAAAGGAAAUCAAAAGGCAAAAUCAACCAUCGCUGGCAAAAAGUGAACAACAAGGUGAUCCGGUACCUGUAGAAGAGAAGCAAUGUGAGUAUUCAGAUAAUGUAAGCAAUCUUUUCAGCGAUCUUCCAUCUACAAUUAAGACUGAAAGGAUAAAAGCACAAACGUACCAACGCCAUAAUGAAAACAAUAUCAAAACUCAUAAAUAUACCCCUAAUGCCACUUAUAAAAAAAACGCAUAAAUGAAAUGCUAUCAGGAAAUAUGGCUUCGACGUAAGACCAAACAACAUUGAAAGGAAAUCAACAGUUAGAUCCUUAUGCGGAUGGUUUUGAGUAUAUCAUUCCGUCCGGUGCAAAAAAGCAUAAAUGUUAAAAGCAUAAACCAGUAUGGAAAAAGCUCAAUUUUAUUGCUCUCUGCGACUAGCCGUUAAUGUAAAGUUCAAUUUGCCGAAUCCUUAUCAUUUACUUCUCAUGUUUACUACAAAACUUGGCAACAAUAUGGCUUCAUACUUUAAUGGCAACAGUUGUAGUAAUAGCUAUGAUCAGAACAAGCAACAGAAACUUGACAUAAUCAGAUCAUCAUCUAGUAGCAAUGAUGAAGCGAAAGGCAUCAGACAUCAGUCCGUUACCGACUACUAGUUACAAUGAUCAAAAUAUUAAAGAAAUCUACCCAACAACUUCAGUGAUCAGUACAGCGCGUCCAUUCCCACGUGACUCUCGUCUUCGCUUUCGAACCAAAAAAAAAAUCGGACCCAAAACGUUAUAAGCCACGAAAGAUCAAAGGGAAAUCAAAAAGAAAAAAACAACCAAACCAUUAUUUGCCACAGACGAAUUUGCGAGACAUGAACACAGCGAUCACAGUUACAACUAAAUGACUAAAAUUGAAUUUUGUGUUCCUAUUGUCGACAUUAUUUUUGAUCUCCAUAGAUAUAUAGACAAAACACAUCUAUCAAUUUUUUUGAGGUAA